CGCCGCGGCCGCACGUCCCAGAGCCCGGCGGGCGCACCCAGGGCAGGAACUGGACAGCCAUCCUGCCAGUCACUAUGCCGCCUUCCCAGAAGUGCUCUUGUCACGCCCAGAAGCACUAGGGAGAGCUCCUGCCACCGCUGACCAGGCCUCUACCAACCACCGAGCCAGAGAACAUGAGGCAGCCCCACAUCCCUGCCCUGCUGCUGCUGCUGCUGCCACCACUGCUGCUGAGAUCUGGGACUGAAGGGGUCAGAGCUCUGAGAGCCUGCGGGCACCCAAGGAUGUUCAAUCGGAUGGUUGGUGGGGAGGACGCCUUAGAAGGGGAGUGGCCCUGGCAGGUCAGCAUCCAGCGCAAUGGGACCCACUUCUGUGGGGGCAGUCUCAUCGCACCAACAUGGGUCCUCACCGCUGCACACUGCUUCUCCAACACUUCAGACAUAUCCAUAUACCAAGUCCUGCUGGGGGCUCUGCAGCUGCAGCAGCCAGGACCACACGCCCUGUACGUCCGUGUGAAGCGGGUGGAAAGCAACCCCCAAUACCAAGGCAUGGCCUCCAGUGCCGACGUGGCUCUGGUGGAGCUACAGGUGCCUGUGACUUUCACCAAUUACAUCCUUCCCGUGUGUCUGCCGGACCCCUCCAUCAUCUUUGAGCCGGGCAUGAAGUGCUGGGUCACUGGCUGGGGCAGCCCCAGUGAACAAGACCGACUGCCCAACCCACGCACCCUGCAGAAACUUGCUGUGCCCAUCAUUGACACGCCCAGGUGCAACCUGCUGUACAGCAGAGACGCGGAGUCUGACUUCCAGCUCAAAACCAUCAAGGAUGACAUGCUGUGCGCAGGCUUUGCAGAGGGCAAGAAGGACGCCUGUAAGGGUGACUCUGGAGGACCCUUGGUGUGCCUUGUGGACCAGUCAUGGGUGCAGGCUGGGGUGAUCAGCUGGGGAGAAGGCUGUGCCCGCCGGAACCGCCCAGGUGUCUACAUUCGUGUCACUUCCCAUCACAAAUGGAUCCACGAAAUCAUUCCAGAGCUGAAGUUUCAGGGCAGGGCCAGCAGCCAGCAGCAGCGAAGAGACCCUCGAGGUUGGCAGCACUUGGGGAACUCUGCCCCCUGCCUGGCUGCCCACGCAGUCAUGCUGACCCUGGUGGUUAUGCUCAGCAUCCUCUGAGCUUGCCCGGGACUGGCAGGUAGCGCCCUCCCCACUGGACAUUUGUAAAUAGCCCCACCCCCAUCUAAUAUGUUAGCUACUUUUAUUUAUGCUCACUUCCAGAAAAAAAAAGUGUCACGGCCCAUCAGGGGAUCCCUGCACAACACUGGGGGCCGACAAGCUCUGAAUUGGGAAGAUUUAGAGGAGACCCUGGCAGGCACACCCAGGCUACAACGUUCCUGACCCCAGUUUCCCUGUUUCCACCCCAUGACUGCUCACCACCUGGAAUACCAAUGGUUUGCCUGUUCCUGCACUGUGGGCAGUUGACACUGGUGGGAAGGUCACAAGAUUCCAAGCGCUUUAGUAGGAACCAUGAGGAUGAUGGAGGGACAUAAUGGGGGCACAGCCUUCUUCCCCAAUCCCACUUCUCUACACCAUCACACAAAUCUAAGGGCCCCCUAGGACCUGU